AUGUUGUCUCAAUACACUCUUUCGGCACUGGCGGUGCUGGCAUCGCUUACCCAACCCGCACUCGCCCAAGUGACGACGAAAUGUAACCCGAUGAACACGACCUGUCCUGCUGACCCGGCUUUUGGCAUGGACUUCAACUUCAACUUCAACUCUACCCCCUCGGCUGAUGCUUGGGAGACCACCGUCGGCCCUGUCACGUACACCUCCGAUAAUGGCGCGGUUUUCACGAUUAGCAAGCAAGGCGACUCUCCCACGAUCCGAUCCAAGUUUUACUUCUUUUGGGGUCGCACCGAGGUCCAUUUGAGGGCUGCAAAGGGAAGGGGUAUUGUGAGCUCUAUGAUGUGGCUCAGCGAUACGUUGGACGAGGUCGAUUGGGAAUUUCUUGGCGGCAAGAACGACGCCUUGAGCAACUAUUUUGGCAAAGGUGUUGAGGACUGGCACAAUGGUGCCGAGCACCCUGUGACGGGCAGCAUCCAGGACGACUUCCACAACUACACCUGCGUAUGGACCAAGGAGACGCUCGAGUGGUGGAUUGACGGCAACAACGUUCGAACUCUCCUCCCGAAGGAUGCCAACAACUCCCUGGCUUACCCCCAGACACCCAUGCGCCUCAGUCUCGGCAUCUGGGCCGGCGGAGAUCCCCGCAUGGCUGAGGGAACCAGGGAAUGGGCUGGAGGUGAUACCGAUUACGCAGCCGGCCCGUACACCAUGUACGUAAAGUCUGCGCAGGUGACGGACUACAGCUCCGGAAAGGAGUAUUCUUUUGGAGACAAGACUGGCUCGUGGGAGAGCAUCAAAAUUGCCGAGGGCAACUCAACUGUUAAGGAAGCUCUUCUGGAAGAACCUAGCAAGUCUGUGAGCGAGAAGUUCAAUGAGCUCAGCCCCACCGCCAAAACUGCCGUCUAUGCCGGAGGUGUCGGUGUAGGCUGUGCUCUCAUCGCCUUUGGUCUUUGGUACUUCAUCCGCCAGCGUAGACGCGGUGCCAAUGAGGCAAUUCUUGCCGCUAAGAGAGCCGAAGAAGAGCGGCUCGAGCUUGAAGGCUUCCAUAAGCGUGGCGUCGACCCGGAUUCGUUUGCUGGAGAGACAGGCACUGAGUACAAUGCCGGCGCAUUCAGCAAGAACGGCAUGGUCCAAGAAAACACAUACAGUAUCCCGGUAUCUCAAGAGAAGAGUGCGUGGGACGCCGCUCCUGUGGCCAUGGGCGCCACUGGCGUAGGUGCUGCGGCUGGCAUGCGCUCAUAUAGUGACAACCCGAAUGGCCAAGGCCAUCUCAUGUCUCCCUUGCGGACGCAAAGCCCUGGUAUGCCGCCUUCGGGCCCCCUGCCCAUGGCUCCGAGCCGUAGCACAUCGCAAGGUGGCUACUCUCGGCUCGGCUCACCUGACGGUCAGCAUAGCCCUCCCCCGCCAAUGAGCCCGCCUCCGCAAGGAUACAGCGACCACGGAUUCGGCGCCCAGCAAGGCUAUAAUAAUGGCGGUUAUGGAGGCGCUAACCAGGGUUACUGGAACAACGGUGGCUCCCAGGGAGGUUUCCGGUAA